ACAAAAGAAUUCAUCCCCUUUAUAUAGUGCCAUCUUCUUCUUCUUCUUGAUCUUCUUAUUUCCCAUUAAUUAGCUUUCUCUAAACAUUUGUAUCUUAAUCUCUUAAAAAAUGAAGCUCUCUCUGCGUUUGAUCUCAGCCCUUCUCCUCUCAGUCAUGCUCCUCUUUGCCACAGGAAUGGGUCCUGUGGAAGCAAGAACGUGUGAGUCACCAAGUAACAAGUUCCAAGGAGUUUGUCUCAACUCACAGAGCUGUGCCAAAGCUUGCCCUAGCGAAGGUUUUUCAGGCGGUCGAUGUAGUAGUCUCCGUUGCUACUGCUCCAAAGCCUGCUAAUUUAUCAACAAAUCAUUUAUUCGAAAUCAAUAAACAAUUGAUAUUAUCCUAUCUUUCAUCGUUUUCUAAUUAAAUUUCGAGAGUAAUAUAAUAAUCUUGAAAGGGACUAUUUGUUUUGUGUUCUUUGUAUAUAUAAUUUUGUUUUUUAUGUAAGAAUUUUAAGUGUUUAUGUAUUAAAUUUGAUAAUUAUUAACAUAUAUAUUAUAUAUUCCAUGUAAAUAUACUUUGCCUUAAUAAUAUAUCAUACUUUAUUGAUAUUUACAUAAUUACAUACAAUUUUACAUAAAACUAUGCUUAAAAGUAAUGUGCUUUUUUUUUCAACGUACGUACGCUUGGAAAUAAUGUAAAAUGUACUUUAAAUAUGACUAGCUCUUUGAAUUUUGGAGUUU